AUCUUCUUUCAGGAAAGAUGAUGGUGAACCUAUAUGAUAUAGUAUCUGAACUUGAAGGCUGGACUGAGGGUAAAGGGGUCUUGAUGUAUGGAUCCAACGGGUCAUUCUGCUCAGGUGGGGAUCUAGAAACAGUCAGUAAAAUACUGGAUCCUGAACUAGGUGGACAAAUGCGCGACUUUAUGCAAGACGUUACAAGAAGAUUACAUAACCUUCCUUUAGUCAGUUUAGCCCUUGUACAGGGCAAGGCAUUAGGGGGUGGAGCUGAACUGACUACUGCAUGCGAUUUUAGGCUGAUGACGGAAAGUGCAUGUAUAGGAUUUGUACAAAUCAAAAUGGGCGUGUCACCAGGAUGGGGUGGAGGUUCAAGAAUUGUGAAUUUAAUUGGUCGGAAAACUGCUUUAGAUUUAUUAACAUCAGGACGUUUAGUACUAGCAGAUGAAGCAAAAGAUUUACAACUAAGUGACGGUACUUUACCUGAAAAUGAUGCUUUAUUGAAAGCCUAUGAUUGGUUAGAACGAAGAACAAUUGGAUCUGUAGCUGCUAUACAUGCAGUAAAAUCAACAGUUAUUAUCGCAGAAAAUUCUAAUAUUGAGGAAUCUUUGCGUCAUGAACAGAAAGUGUUUAAGACAGUCUGGGGAAGUCCAGCUCAACAGGACGCACUGGGGAAAAACAUCAAACAUAAGUGAGGGUAUCAACUACUGUUGGCCGCUUUAAUUUGGCGAAUUGAUAAAAACUGCCCAAAUUAAGUCUCCCCUAAAUUUUUGAAAAAAAUCCUGGGACCCUCACUGUGUCGGGAUCACCUCAUUAUAUCGACGCGUAUUACACCGAAACCCAUUAUACCUACGCGCAUUAUACCGAAACCCAUUAUACCGCCGCGCAUUGUGCCAAAAACCAACAUAGGCCUACCAAUGCGCGUUGUACUGAAAUCUGUGCCAGUGGGACGGCACAUUGCCUUAAAAACCAUCAGUUUUAUGACGUGCACUUCUGUGUGGGACUAUAUCUUAACAGUGGGAAUUUCAAGUUUUUGUCAGUGUAGACAUAAAAAGUUGCGCUCCUCAUACUCGCGCUUUUUUCAAUAUUUUCAUUUGAAACUUGCAAGAACGGUGCUUUGAAUCUAGCUCUAUACUCUUUCAAAACGUCAAUUAGACACAUGAUUAUGUACAUGUAUGAUAGUCCACAGUAUCAUUAUAUAGGCAUAGAAUAAUAAAAGCGGAGCCUGAAAAGUCAAAUAUGGUGCUAUGUUGAAAAGCCAAGAGAAAUUCUACUGUAUCAGCAUAUAAAAUAGAUAGUUUAUAUAUUACUUUAUCAUACACCUUCGUUCAAAUUAUACAUGAUUUUUUCACUGAACAGACAAGUCUUGAAAAUUAAAAAUUCAUUUUUAUUUACUUCCACAAUAUUUCAACUUUAAACUUUUAUGAGACUGGAUGUUAAUCUGUCUUUUAUAUAUUCAUUAUCAAUUAAGAGUUUAUUGGGCAAAGACGUAUUUUCAGAUAAAGGUUAAUUUAAAAUCUUUAAACAUCUUACAUCUCAGUUGCGGCUAGAAAUUUUUUAACUGAUGCUAGGCGUUUCGGAUUGAGGGGUCGUCUCAACAAACUUAAUUCCAGUAAACCAUCAAUUUCUGUAUUUCAUAGAGGAUAAAGUCAUAAUUCUAUUAUUUAUGUUUGAUUAUGGUAAACCCUGUACUUCAUAAAAUAUAUUUAACUGUGGUAAAUUCUGUAUUCAAUGAAGUAAACAUUUAUUUAUACUGUAUUGUUUCAUUGGUAGAAAUAAAUAAUUGUGCUAUUAAAUAUAAAAUUUCACAUUUCUUAUUGAACUUGAUAAUUACUGUAUUUUCGAUCUUGUGCUGAUGGGGGCAAAAAAUUGUUGUCAUGGAGAGAGAGCAAGAUAUGUUGUCAUGGAGAUAGUAAGAAACGCAUUCAUUUGUUUUACUUUCUUUCCAAAUCCAAGUGUGAUUUUUAUCAAUGUGUGCCUCAAUGAUCCCAUUUAUUCUGAAGUUAUUUCAUUUUCUAACCAUUUCACAAACAUUUCUUUUCAUAUACUGUAAUACAUCUAAAUUGGCAUCAUUUCCAUGUUUAAAUUGCUUGUACAGUUUUUAGCUACUGAUAUUAUCUCUAUCAUCAGUUUUCAUUCCAGUUUAAAAUCACUGGUACACACCUUGUUACGCUGAGAC